CAUGAAAACUCUUUCAUAUGAAGACAACAGUUUUUUUCUCCUGUGACCACUGUGUUUGUGGUUUGUCACGUCUCUUCCUGUCUGAGUUUCCUGGUUGAUGCUUCAGAGAAAAGUGAACCGUCACACAGACGAUCAUCCUAACAGAAGAAUCAGACUUUGGUGUCUGUCCAACUGCUGUUGGUCUGAUGUCCUGCAGCUGCAGAAUGGAGGGAACAUCUGUCCAGAUGCUGCUGGCUCUGAGCUCCCUGCUGUGCUGCACAACCAACCAAAUUGGUCUGACUGUGAGUCCCAGCAGAUCUCAGUUCUUUGAAGGAGAAUCAGUGACUCUGAAGUGUGAGGACCACAGCUCUGCAGGAUGGACUCUGAGGAGGAAAAGUUUAGCUGGAGAUAUCACCGACUGUUCUGAAUGGGCAAAGUUACGCAGUUCAUUCUGCUUCAUCAGCUACAUACACCCAUUAGACAGCGGCGUUUACUGGUGUGAGUCCAGAGGGGGAGGAGCCUCCAGCAUCAGCGUGAACAUCAGUGUUUCUGGUGGAUCAGUGAUCCUGCAGAGUCCUGUCCUCCCUGUGAUGGAGGGUCAUGACCUCACUCUGAGCUGUCAAUCACAGACCCCUCCCUCCAAGCCCUCAGCUGCUUUCUAUAAAGAUGGCUCCCUCAUCAGGACUGAGCCUACAGGUCACAUGACCCUCCAGCAUGUUUCCAGGUCUGAUGAAGGUCUCUACAAGUGUCACAUCAGCGCUCAUGGAGAGUCUCCAUCCAGCUGGAUCUCUGUCUCAGAGAAACCCAGGACCACCGGAGUCCCGCCCAACACAGAAGUCCCUCCCACCACAGGAACCCCUUCCACCACAGAAGUCCCUCCCACCAUAGGAACCCCUUCCACCACAGAAGUCCCUCCCACCAUAGGAACCCCGCCCACCACAGAAGUCCCUCCCACCAUAGGAACCCCGUCCACCAUAGAAGUCCCACCCACCACAGAAACCCCGCCCACCACAGAAGCCCCGCCCCCUGCAUUAGGUCUUGAGUUGAGAGUCCUGCUCCACCUGCUGGUGAUCAGUCCGUUCUUCAUCUCCACUCUCCUUCUGGUGUCUUUAUGUCCACAAAGAGCCUCAGGAAGUGACCCGUCUGUCUCCAUGGUGAUGACCCAGCACUCACAUGCUGAGCAGGGAUUGGCUGAAGACGAUGAUGACAUCAUCACAUCUGGAACCACAGAGCAUCAAUUCUGAACAGAGAGUCUCUUUUGGUUUCAGAAACUUUAAGAUAAUUUUCACUUUUUUAUUUUUGUAAUUUUCUUGAAUUUGUUUAAAAUGUCUAAAUGUUUUUGUUUGAUUUAAAAUCUUGUGUUUGUGUGUUGAAUACAAUAAAUCUAAAUUUCAAA